AUGGCGCCCACCAGCCAUCUAAAGAGCAGCCAGAGCCCAUUCAUUCCACCAGAGGAACUUCGGUCUUGGCGAGCAAGUAACACUACAGAGAAGGCCGGUACCUUCCCCGCAGCUCGCAUCGGGGCAGAUUCGCGGCCGCCGGUCCCCGGGGGUCCCAGCCCCGGGGCGGCCGCGGCGUCGUGGGGAGGGCCGGGCUGGCGGCUGCCGGGGCGGGUGUUGGAGCUGGUGUUCUCGUACCUGGAGCUGCGGGAGCUGCGGAGCUGCGCGCUGGUCUGCAAGCUGUGGCACCGCGUCCUGCACGGCGACGAGAACAGCGAGGUGUGGCGCAGCCUGGCCGCCCGCUGCCUGGCCGAGGAGGCCCUGCGCACCGACAUCCUCUGCAACGUGCCCACCUACAAGGGCAAGGUCCGUGCCUUCCACCACGCCUUCAGCACCAACGACUGCUCGAGGAACGUCUACAUCAAGAAGAACGGCUUCACGCUGCACCGCAACCCCAUCGCGCAGAGCACGGACGGGGCGCGCACCAAGAUCGGCUUCAGCGAGGGCCGGCACGCCUGGGAGGUGUGGUGGGAGGGCCCGCUGGGCACCGUGGCCGUCAUCGGCAUCGCCACCAAGCGCGCCGCCAUGCAGUGCCAGGGCUACGUGGCCCUGCUGGGCAGCGACGACCAGAGUUGGGGCUGGAACCUGGUGGACAAUAACUUGCUGCAUAACGGGGAGGUGAACGGCAGCUUCCCGCAGUGCAAUAACGCGCCCAAAUACCAGAUAGGUGAAAGGAUUCGAGUUAUCCUGGACAUGGAAGACAAAACAUUAGCGUUUGAGAGGGGCUAUGAGUUCUUGGGAGUUGCCUUCAGAGGACUGCCAAAAGUUUGCCUGUAUCCAGCAGUGUCUGCUGUGUAUGGUAACACAGAAGUGACUUUGGUCUACCUGGGAAAGCCUCUGGAUGGAUGACAUGGAUUGUUCUGUUGGGACGUCGAGAUGUGGAUGUUUGGGAGGAGAAAUCUGCAUGUUGGUUAGAGGGAAACGUGUAUUAGAGGAAAAAAAGAACAAAAAAGUGUGGGUGUGUGUCCAAGAGCCAUCGAGGGAACCACAUGGAGUUUGGAAACGGAGGACCAGCCGUACUUCAGCAAUUAUGUUACAUUUCCUCUUUCUACCAGGCCAGAAAAAUCCUCAGGGCUGCAGUUGGUUGAGUGGGAAGCUGACACAUGCAUGUCGCAACAGAUUUUAUUGCUAAAAUGGCAGUGUGACCUCAAACAUUUAAGAAAGGACUUGAUAAAAAAAUGCUUGAGGAAAUUAGCCUGGGAUUUGUAAGUGGCGUGUUUUGUGAGAGACUCCCAUUUCCAAACUGCUUGUUCCUUCUUUCCUUCCUUCCUUCCUUCCUUCCUUCUUUCCCUCCUUGGGGCCAGCAUGGGGGCUGGAGCAGAGCUGGGGGUAUUUACAAUUUUUAGUGUCCUCAGAGGCACGGUCUGUGCAACUGCCCUGCUCUGGUAUAACCAUACAACACGUGUGCAGCUAUUUUUAAGUGUAUUUUAAGGAUUGUAUAUAAAGAAAAUGUUGAAAAGAACAGUUAAAAGAAAGGGUUUGCUUUAUUCUAACUGGGACAGAAUUUCUUAAAGGGAAAAAAAAUCACCCCCCUCCCUGGCACCAGAACACACACCUGGGACAGGUGUACAGCCUUCAUGUCAGUGCAGUUCUGUUGUAAUGUGUUUUGGGAUGCUCUUGUGGAGUGCGGUGCUGCUUUGGGUUGUUUCCUGUGAAAGUUUCCAUGGCUUCAGUGGCAGGUUUGUUCCCUGUAGGAAACAAAAACGUUUUCCCCGCGAGUUUCCUUUCAGCAGAACUCGCGCUCCCCUCGGGGAAGGAAGGCUGAGCACAGCGCUGAGCCUGCCUUCCCCUCCACGUCAAAAAUGCCACCUUUUCAAAGCAUUCUCCCACUUGCUGAUCACUGUUGUGAGAUGUCUCAACAUAAUGUGGAAGGAGCAUUGGGCUUCUGCAGCCAGACCUUACUUUCAGCUUCAGUGGCUUUAUAAAGCUUUAAGCUUGCCUGAACCUUUCUUAACUGAAUCAAAUCCCCCAGCACCCCAACAUUCACCUGCCCAGGACUAGUAAAACUCUCACCAGCCCUUUGGUGGGGUUUCUGGGUCACAUGCAGUGUUUGUGCUCUUCACUGAUUCUCUCAAAGCCAUGCCCAGACCCCCCAGGCGUGUCUGUGUGCUGGCCUGUGCAGGCUGGGAGGCUGCCAGGUGUAGUGAGGAAGAAAUUCCUGGUGAAACCACUUUGCUGUGAGGCUGGAAGGUCUGUAGGGAGCCCUAGGAGGGCCCUUCAGCAGGGCAGGAAGGCUGUGAGCCCCAUGGCUGGCUCGUGACUGGUUUCAUGCUGGCUGGCAUCUCCCCGAGCUGCCUGGGCUGUUUCAGAGCUGCUUUUCAGAGGGAAAGGAAAUGUUUCUACUUUUUUUUAGCUUGGUUUUUUUGCUUUUUUUUUUUUUUUUUUUUUUUUUUUUUUGUGUUUUUGUGCUAGAGAAUGUGAGUUGCUUGGUACCAGACACUGGCAAUUCUCUGAGCAUGGAAGAAAGAGGAAUUCCUCUUGGGCUGUUGCUCAUCCCCUUCCCUGUUCCUCAAGGAAGUGAGUGAGGCUUUGCCUUGGAGUGCUUUUGGCCAGGUAGAUCACCAGGUUCAGCCCUGGAACUGUGUAAGUCGUUACAAUUUAAAGGAUUUUAAAGUAUUUAUUUGUUCUGUGUGUUCAUUGCUGAAAGGCAAAUCAAGGUCUGUUCCUCCUGCUGCACCAGACAGAAACAGAAUGUGCUGUGAGCAAUGGAGGUGUUUUAGGUGGUGCUGAGAACAGCCAAAUAAAGGAUGUGAGACGGGCAUCCAAGUACCCGGACAAAUCUGUUACAGGCGUUGAUUGUACUGGACUGUAAAGUGUCUGCAGAGCAGAACCGUGGGGCAUAGAGUUGGGGAUAAAGGAAACAAAACCCUGCCCAGUUUAGGGAAAUAAAUAGUCCCCAGGAUGAAUGUAUCCUCAGUGCAGUCCUGAAAGAUGCAACCUCUGUGGUUGUCCAUGAUCCAGUUAGAGGCAAGGAAACCCUGAGAAUUCUGAGGAGUUUUAAUCACAGAUUCAGAUUGAUUCCCAUUCUUCAGACUGCAUCUUGCCCUCUAAAUAAUUUCCCUCUAAAUCAGAAAUGCUGAAAGUUGAACAUUCCUUAAGGGUGGGUUUGGGUGGACUCACUUAUGUAAGAUUAUAACUUAUUCCUGGAGACCAAUGCUGGCUGUACAAAAUAUUAAAAUAAACUCUGCUAUCAUUCAGAAGGA